GAGGAAGCCUGAGGUCACUGACCCACUCCUGGAACCAUGGUCCAUGGGUACAAAGGAGUCAAGUUCCAGAACUGGGCUAGGACCUAUGGCUGUUGCCCAGAGAUGUACUAUCAGCCCACGUCCGUGGAGGAGGUCAGAGAGGUGCUGGCCCUCGCCAGGCAGCAGAACAAGCGGGUGAAGGUGGUGGGCGGUGGCCACUCGCCGUCAGACAUCGCCUGCACUGAUGGCUUCAUGAUCCACAUGGGCAAGAUGAACCGGCUUCUCCAGGUGGACACAGAGAAGAAGCAGGUGACUGUGGAGGCUGGCAUCCUCCUGGCUGACCUGCACCCACAGCUGGGCAAGCACGGCCUGGCCUUGUCCAACCUGGGAGCUGUGUCAGAUGUGACCGCAGGGGGCGUCAUUGGGUCUGGAACGCACAACACUGGGAUCAAACAUGGCAUCCUGGCCACCCAGGUGGUGGCGCUGACCCUGCUGACGGCCGACGGGACCAUUCUGGAGUGCUCCGAGUCCAGCAACGCAGAGGUGUUCCAGGCGGCGCGGGUGCACCUGGGCUGUCUGGGAGUGAUCCUCACCGUCACCCUGCAGUGUGUUCCCCAGUUCCACUUGCAGGAGGUCUCCUUCCCCUCCACCCUGGAAGAGGUUCUUAACAACUUGGACAGCCACCUCAAGAAAUCCGAAUACUUUCGCUUCCUCUGGUUCCCGCACAGCGAGAAUGUCAGCGUCAUCUACCAGGACCACACCAAUAAGCCCCCCUCCUCCUGCGCCAACUGGUUUUGGGACUACGCCAUCGGAUUCUAUUUAUUGGAGUUCCUGCUCUGGGUCAGCACCUUCCUGCCAGGCCUCGUGGGCUGGAUCAAUCGCUUCUUCUUCUGGCUCCUGUUCACCAGGAAGAAGGAGAGUAGUAACGUCAGCCACAAGAUCUUCACCUACGAGUGCCGCUUCAAGCAGCACGUCCAGGACUGGGCCAUCCCCAGAGAGAAGACCAAGGAGGCCCUGCUGGAACUCAAGGCCAUGCUGGAGGCACACCCCAAGAUGGUGGCCCACUACCCUGUGGAGGUCCGCUUCACCCGCGGGGAUGACAUCCUGCUGAGUCCCUGCUUCCAGAGGGACAGCUGCUACAUGAACAUCAUCAUGUACAGGCCCUACGGCAAGGACGUGCCCCGGCUGGAUUACUGGCUGACCUAUGAGACCAUCAUGAAGAAGGUUGGGGGCAGGCCUCACUGGGCCAAGGCCCACAACUGCACCCGGAAGGACUUUGAGAAGAUGUACCCAGCCUUUUCAAAGUUCUGUGCCAUUCGAGAAAAGCUGGACCCCACUGGGAUGUUCCUGAAUGCAUAUCUGGAGAAGGUGUUCUACUGAAACAGAAAGAAAAUGAAUUGAGCCCACCCCAUCUCAUCCCUCCAGCGAGAAUGAAGGCUCAACAUCCCACAGGCCUGGAGGGGAGCUGGCCUCUCUCUGCAGGCCCUCGGCUGCUGCCCCCACAGCUGCUCCAGUCCCCAGAGAUGAGCCUGGGUCUUUGCAGGGCUCCCUGUUCUACUUCCUGUGU